AUGGCUCAAAAGCUCUCCAACCUCCUUGCCACCGCACUAACGGUGGCCACUGGUGUUGUCGGACAUGGACAUGUCAACAACAUUAUCGCCAACGGGGUGUUCUAUCAGGGCUAUGAUCCGACAUCAUUUCCCUAUAUGCCAAACCCGCCCAUUGUGAUAGGCUGGACGGCUGCCGAUCUUGACAACGGCUUUGUUGCACCCGAUGCAUAUCAAACCCCCGAUAUCAUCUGCCACAAGAAUGCUACCAAUGCUAAGGGGCAUGCAUCUGUCAAGGCCGGAGACUCUAUUCUACUUCAGUGGCUACCACUUCCGUGGCCACACCCGGGACCUAUCGUCGACUACUUGGCCAACUGCAAUGGCGAUUGCGAGACUGUGGAUAAGACGACGCUUGAAUUCUUUAAGAUUGAUAGCGUUGGUCUCAUCAGCGGGGCGGAUCCAGGCAACUGGGCCCAGAACCUGAUGGUCACUAAUAAUAAUACCUGGGUUGUUCAAAUCCCCAAGGAUCUACAGUCGGGCAACUAUGUGCUGCGUCACGAACUCAUCGCCUUACACAGCUCUGGGCAACCGGACGGCGCCCAGAACUACCCUCAGUGCUUCAACCUCGCCGUCACAGGCACUGGGUCACUGCAGCCCUCCGGCGUCCUGGGGACUAACCUGUACCACGAAUCUGAUCCUGGCAUUCUCUUCAACAUCUACACGAGCCCUCUCGCGUAUACUAUGCCUGGUCCCGCUUUGGUAUCAGGCCUCCCCUCAAGCGUUGCCCAGGGUAGCUCCGCGGCGACGGCUACAAGCAGCGCCACCAUUCCGGGCAAUGGCGGUGGAAGUUCAUCAAGCAGCAGAGCUUCAACAGUUUCGAGAACCACGUCUGGGUCUACAAGCAGGCCCACGUCUUCCUCUAUUCGCACAACAUCCGCACCUGCCGGCGGCCCAACUCAGACUUUAUACGGACAGUGCGGUGGAAGUGGCUACUCUGGCCCGACUAUCUGCGCCUCGCCAGCCGUUUGCACUACCUUGAAUCCCUACUACGCGCAGUGCGUUUCCAGAUAG